AUGAACUUCUUUUCAAAGAAAUCCUCGUCCCCCAAAAAGCACGCGACCGGCGAGAACGACGAGAACCGCAACCCUCGUCACGGCUCAGAGCCCCCCUCUCCCGUCAAGCAGCCCAGUGCUACCCACUCCUCGCCCGCCGCCCCAAAGAGGGACAGGGAACGGGACUCGCCCAGAAAAUCUGCCCGACCCGCAUCGCCCGCAUCGUCGCCCGCAUCGAGGGAGCAGCCGCCCUCCAAGCCGCGCAGCUCCCGGUCCUUUGGCAAACACGCCCCCGAUUCUUCGUCGUCGUCGUCCUCGCGCCGCAAGAAGCACGACCCUAACACUCACCCCCUCAAUCUCCACCCCGACGAGUACAAGCGCCUCUCUGCUCUGUCCAACAUGAGCAACCGCAGCUCCAUGGACAAGAUGGACGUCGACCGGGAGCCCUCGGCCGCCCCGCCGUCCUCUCCACCGCAGCAGCAGCAGCAGCAGCAGCCCAACGGCUUCACCGUCCCCGUGAGCUCGCCGACGAAUGGCAGAAAGACGCCCACAAACGGCGAGGGGCCCGUCCCACCCCCUCAUCGGUCCAACCCCUCCAGCCCCGUGCCCUCAGCCGCCGACGAGGCUGAGGCAUACAAGAACGCCGGCAACAAAUUCUUCAAGGAGAAGGAUUACAAAAAUGCCAUUGUGCAGUACUCCAAAGCUGUCGAGUUGAUGCCUGACUCUGCUACCUACCUGAGCAACCGCGCUGCAGCUUACAUGUCCAAUGGCCAGUACGCAGCUGCAUUGGAAGACUGCUCCCGGGCGGUCGACCUUGAUCCCUCCAACGCCAAGUUUCUGCUGCGACUCGCCCGCAUCUACACCAGCCUGGGACGGCCAGAGGAAGCCCUGACAACCUUUAGUCGCAUUCAGCCGCCUCCCUCGGCGAAGGAUGUGGCACCCGCAAAGGAGAUGCAGAACCACAUCAAGGCCGCCGAAAGCGCUCUCGAAUCUGGGACGUCAGGCUCCAUGGUGCUGCACGCCCUGGACCAGGCUGAGAGAUUCCUAGGCCUCGGCGCUCCCAAGCCUCGCAAAUGGCAAUUGAUGAGGGGCUCAGCAUACCUUAAGAUGGGAGGAGUCAACUCCUUGGGCGAGGCUCAGAACGCCGCCAUGUCCCUUUUGAGACAAAACAGCCAGGACCCCGAAGCUUUGGUUCUGCGGGGCCGUGCGCUCUAUGCGCAAGGCGAGAACGACAAGGCCAUCCAGCACUUCCGCAAGGCAUUAAGUGGCGACCCCGAUUUCAGGGACGCCGUUAAAUGGCUCAGAAUUGUCCAGAAGCUGGAUCGCAUGAAGGAAGAAGGCAACACAGACUACAAGGCAGGCCGCUGGCAAGCUGCUUUCGACAAGUAUACUCAAGCUCUGGAAGUCGACCCUACCAACCGAGGUACCAACUCGAAGCUCUUCCAGAACCGUGCACUUUGUCGUCUGAGGCUCAAGCAAUACGAUGAGGCUAUCGCCGAUUGCGACAAGGCCAUCAGCCUGGACGCCAGCUAUCUCAAAGCCCGCAAAACCAAGGCGAAUGCUCUGGGCCAGGCGGAGCGUUGGGAAGAUGCGGCUCGGGAAUGGAAGUCUGUUCAGGAGAUGGACCCCGAGGAUCGCAACAUUGCGAAGGAGAUUCGCAAUGCUGAGCUUGAGCUGAAGAAGAGUCAACGCAAGGACUACUACAAGAUUCUUGGCGUUGCUAAGGACGCUGAUGAUAAUGCCAUCAAGAAGGCCUACCGCAAGGCCGCCAUCGUUCACCACCCGGACAAGAACCCUGGCGACGAAGCUGCCGCUGAACGCUUCAAGGAUAUUGGUGAAGCUUACGAAACAUUGAGCGAUUCUCAGAAGCGAGCUCGUUACGAUAGUGGCGAGGAUCUCAUCGACCCAUCGGACAUGUUCUCUGGCGGCGGCAUGGGCGGCGGCAUGGGCGGCAUCGACCCCGAAAUCUUGUUUAGCAUGAUGAACGGAGGCGCCUCUUUCGGCGGCGGUGGCGGCGGCGGAUUCCCUGGUGCUCGUUUCUCGACCGGCGGUCGAUCAGCUGGUGGAUACCCUGGAGGCUUCCAGGGAUUCCAGUUUGGUUGA